AUGGACGAGCGCCCCUCCAAGAAGAGAAAGGUCCGCAAGGGGACACGCAGCUGCUGGCAGUGCAGGAAGAGAAAGAUCAGAUGUGAGUUUGCCUCUGACGAAGAGCAAACCUGCGCCGGCUGCAAGACAAGGGGGACCACCUGCGUCAGCCAGGAAUUCAUCGACGAUGAGCCGUCUGGUCCUCCCGAGCGCGGCUUGGCCCAGCGUCUCGGCCGCCUUGAGGAGUUGAUGGUCAAGCUGGCCGACAAGAUAGGCCCUGAAUUGUCCUCCGAAAAGGCCAUCACGCCGGCCACCUCGCACACGUCUCCUCGUACUUCAGAGUCUCUCUAUACCCCGGACAGCCGCGUCCAGACGACCCAGAGUGCUUCUGUCGCGCCUCAGCUUCAACAACCAACCCCUUCUAAGUCGACAUCAGAAUCAUCUCAGCCCACCCAAAAACAUGAGAGAAUAUGCAAGGAACUAUACUCCAUGUUUCCGUCCGUCCAGGACGCCAGGACAAUCAUCGAAUCGAGCAGGGGUCCGAUAUUUGUCCUGAUCUUGUUCUACUCCAACCAAGACAUAGCCGACAACAAGUCGCCGUCGCUAGCAUCCCUCUCAACCAUGCCCGACAUCACCAAACACCCAGCCAUAUUAGCCAAGCGCCUUCUUCAGUUGACCAUCUGUCUCCAGCAGUUACCGCCAUGCUUUGACGCCUCUCGGCUCUCCCUCAAGGAUUCCAUCCAGGACACCAUGGCCGAAUGGAGUGCAGUCGCAAGCCAGGUUACCUCCAAUGACGACCUCGUCGGCUCCGUAGAGGGUCUCGAGUGCCUCAUCUUGCAGGGCUUCUACCUCAUCAACUCGGGCAACCUGCGCAAAGCAUGGCUGGCGAUGAGACGAGCCCUGAGCCUCGCACAAUUAAUCGGCAUCGAGCGGAACGGCGGUCGGCCGCUGAAGUCUUGUGAUCCCACCACCAACCCGGCAAUGAUACCCUCGUCGCAUCAACUCUGGUACCGAAUCAACUUCUGCGAUCGCUACUUGUCUCUGCUACUUGGACUGCCUGCCGGCACACAAGACAACAGCUUCAUGUGUGAAACUUACACAGGUAACGACACACCCAUGGAGAAGCUGGAGAAACGCUACACGGCCAUAUGUCUCCGCAUCAUUGACAGGAACCAUGCGUCCACCAGCGAGGGGUACGCCAUGACGCAGUCCAUCGACUGCGAGCUUGAGCAUGCGGCGAAGACCAUGGGCGCAGGAUGGUGGGAGAUGCCCCCAAUGUCGACCUUCGCAGACCCGGAGACGCAGAUGACAGUCAUGUCCCACCUGAUGCUGCAGAUUCACCACCACAGCCUGCUCAUCCUGCUCCACCUGCCUUACAUGCUCCGCAACCCGACGAACAACCGCUUCGACUACAGUCAUCUGAGCCGCCCGCCCGGAGUCAGAGACGAUGAGUGGGCGCUGCAACGCGAUGAAGACAGGGCGCUGGCACAGACCGUCAUGGAGAAGAUGGAAGAGCUGGCCGACUUAAAUGACGAUAAGCUCUCGGGGGAGAGCGCCGGGAUAAUCAAGCAGCUUCUGCCCAUCAUCGAUUGCUGUAGGAACUGCCUAACCACGGAUACGGGCGAGGAGUGGAAUCUCAAACUGAGCAUUCCCUAUCUUGGAACAAUCAACAUCAAAAACUCUUCGGACCAAAACGCCCAGUCUCAUUUGGUGGAUCUAAGCCACUCCCAGCUCCCAACGCCGUCCAACACCACUACGGUUUCGCCGCCUUCAUUCCCGCCAAACCAAGAAACCCCGUCCACGACGUCUGUGGAUGCUCUUCUCGGCCAGGAAUUCAACACCACUCACGGAGACAUAUACACCGGAUUCAACGCCGACUGCCUGGGAUGGCAAUGUCCGGGUAUAACGGCCGAGGUGGGCGAUUGGGCGUUCCAAGGCGUCGAUACGACAUACUGGUCCCUCUUGAACCCUGGCAUGUCUCCUAGUGGGUUUAAGCAAUAG